CUGAGCUGUCCACCGCGUUCCGUGCUACGCUCCGGGCCCCGCCAUGGGCAACCGCGCGGGCCGCUCCGACUUCGAGUGGGUCUACACCGACCAGCCGCACACGCAGCGGCGCAAAGAGAUGCUCGCCAAGUACCCGGCCCUCAAGGCCCUGAUGCGGCCGGACCCUCGGCUCAAGUGGACGGUGCUGGGGCUGGUGCUGGCGCAGCUGCUAGCCUGCUGGCUGGCGCGGGACCUGGCCUGGCGCUGGCUGCUCUUCUGGGCCUACACCUUCGGCGGCUGCGUGAACCACGCACUGACACUGGCCAUCCACGACAUCUCGCACAACACGGCCUUCGGCUCGGGCCACGCGGGGCGCAACCGCUGGCUCGCCGUGUUCGCCAACCUGCCCGUGGGCCUGCCCUACGCCGCCUCCUUCAAGAAGUACCACGUGGACCACCACCGCUACCUGGGCGGCCACGGGCUGGACGUGGACGUGCCCACGCGCCUGGAGGGCUGGCUCUUCUGCACGCCAGCGCGCAAGCUGCUCUGGCUGGCGCUGCAGCCCUUCUUCUACUCGCUGCGGCCGCUCUGCGUGCACCCCAAGGCCGUGACCCGCAUGGAGGUGCUCAAUGCCCUGGUGCAGCUGGCCGCCGACGCCGCCCUCUUCGCCCUGUGGGGGCUCAAGCCCGUGGUCUACCUGCUGGCCAGCUCCCUGCUGGGCCUCGGCCUGCACCCCAUCUCGGGCCACUUUGUGGCCGAGCACUACUUGUUCGUCAAGGGCCACGAGACGUACUCCUACUACGGGCCCCUCAACUGGAUCACCUUCAACGCGGGCUACCACAUGGAGCACCACGACUUCCCCAGCAUCCCGGGCUGCAACCUGCCCCUGGUGCGGAAGAUUGCUCCCGAGUACUACGACCACCUGCCGCAGCACCACUCGUGGGUGAAGGUGCUCUGGGAUUUCGUGCUCAAGGACUCCCUGGGGCCCUACGCCAGGGUGAAGCGGGUGUGCAGGCUGGCCGAGGACCGUCUGUGAGCCCUGCUCGUGAUGGGAGCCAGGGGGACCCCGCGGGCCCCCGGC